AUGUUGUCGCUCUCCUUGAUCAAAUCAGUCAUACAGGACUGGACCGCGGGCACUUAUGACGUUCGCGGUGAUGGCAUGGCCUCACGCUAUGGAGGGCCGGAGGCCAGCCAGAUACCCAAUUACAAGCGUGCAGGCAAGGGGGCCAUCCUGGGCCUGCCGGGACACAUGCGCAUUAUGGCUGUAGUCAAUAGUGGGAUUGAAGUCGGUGAUUCUUGGCGACGCUCUGCACAGCCUUCUGACGAAGAGCAUAUUUGCUCUUCCGGGAGCGAUUCGGAGGAUCACGAAUUCAAAACUGGAGUCGAGGAAGCUGCCCUCACAGCUAGACUGAGGGACAUAGAUCAGCGUGCACGAGCUCAUCCGGCUGACAUCAGAGCUUGGCUCGCCUUAGCAGAUCUGCAGCAGCAGGUGGUCGGCAUCGGCUCUUAUCGGCAAAGUCAAGGCUCUAGGGAGAGGGGGAGUGCAGCACGUAGAACGAUAGCCGAGGUACAGCUAUCGGUGCUCGAGAAGGGCCAGCGAGCACAUCCUGGAAAUUCUGCUUCCAUCGUCAUUGGCCUUGCUCGUCUGCAAGUGGCGAUCUCAGGAGGCUUGUGGGACGAUGCCAAAGUGGAAGCCGAGUUUCGGCGGCUGCUCCGCUCCCUUUCGGAGAGAGGCAGCAAUCAUAGCCCCAGGCAGGCGCAAGCAGUGUGGGCGCUGUACCUCUCCUGGAAGCCUACAUCAGUUUCUGCUACUCUCAGCGACGUCUGCGCCAGCUAUGCCGAAGCGCUUAGCUCAUUCGCCACUUUCGGACAUCCGUACGCUUUCGAAUACUGCUUUUCCAUGCAACUUCGCCUCUGCGAGCUUCUGCAACGAGCUGGAUACUCUGCCAGAGCUUUUGCGAUCCUCCAGGCUCAAAUUGAGCUUAGCCUUGUACCGUUCUCCUCCGGUGAGGAAGCGAAGGACAAGCUUCAAAAGCACUGGGACUGCGAGGAGCCUCGGAUUGGCGAACAAGGCGCUAUUUUGCAAGCAAGCGCAUUUGUCGGGGAGCCUGAGAAGAGGGCUCGUAGCGUCUCACCCUCGGUGACUAAAGGAGGGCAAGCGCAUUGGAGGAGUCCAUUCGACCGGUGGGUCGCAGCUCAGAGAGAGCUAGCUCAUCUACGUCAAAGGCCUGCCAGGACCGAUGAUCCGCCCAUAUAUUCGGCUGGCGAAGGUGAAGUGGAUCCUUUCAGUGUCAUCCUCUUCUCGGAUAUCCGACCUUUCCUGAUCUCAGGGCUACCGGCAGAACUUCGUUUACAGGCUCUUCGCAAUCUUGCCCAGUUCUUGGGUCUGGCAAUGACUGACGGAGUCAGAAAUCUCUCACAGGUAGCAGAUCGUCCUGUGCUCAAGCAGAUUGCUACUCAGGAGUGGUCUGCCCGCUUCUGGCCUUCGUCGCUGCAUAAAGGGUGGCAGAACGAGAAGGGCGGCGACGUGGAAAUCGACUCGAAGCAGCAGACAAGGCUAGGCAAUCCUUGGGCUUGCCCUUUGAUCGGCAUUGCAAGACCUCUGAGCAGCCUGGCCUUCUCUUGCAAGGAUUUGAGCCCGCCCCUCGCGACGGCAGACCUCAAGUGGCUCACAUUGAUGCUGGCACAACUUGUCACUACAACUGCCGAAGAGCAAGGUGCGGUAGCCGUGUUACAGCUAGCGAUCGCUGUCAAGACAGGAGAUGCUUCGAUACUGGAAGAACCGAUGCGAAAGCUGACGGACGGCGAGGAUCGUGCCGAUCUUGCGAGGGGACGUGUCUUUGCUCUGAAUGAAAGCUCGCUCCCUUUCUCGCCAGAGCUGGAGCUCGGAGUGGUCGAUGCCGUUGAAUUCCACAUCGGUCUUGACAUGGCAGACGUUGCUCUGAACAUCCUGGAGAAAGCUGCAUCCAAUGGCCAUAGGUACGUCUCCGGAGACGAGGAUUCGACUGUGACUGUGGCUGAGCAGCUUAAAGCUCGACGUUACUACUCGACCAUUCGCGACAAGGCAAAUCAAGACAACUCUUCAGCUUCGCUAUCAGCACUUGUGUCAGCAGCAUGGUAUCACUACCUUAUGGCGCCGCCUGAGCGACGUCUCGCUGCAAUCCUUGCAUUCUUCGACGGCAUCAUAGAUUCAGUUCCGAAUGACUAUACGUACCAUUUAUGCGAAGCGCGUCUGCGUAUCGUUUGGUACCACCUCUCACAAGAGAGGCCCGUCUAUCGCCCAGACGAGGUUCGAAGAGCCUUGGUGCAAUCGAUUAGGCUUUUUCCGCACGACUUGACUUUUCAGGCGCUUCUCGCUGCCCACGAGUCUCGCUUCAGGAUUGAGGGCGUGGUCAGACGUACCCUGGAAGAGUAUGUCUUCCAGCCGCUCGAGCAGGUAGCCGACUCCCGGCUGCAGAGCCUCGCUUCCCUUGUCGAGGACCAAGAGGUGGAGGGACUCUUCGCGCUCGAGCACAAAGCAGAGAAAAGCUGGCUGAUGGCCAUCUACAUCGAGCUGCAUCUCAAUAGGGAAGUCGUCAAUGCGCAUCUCGUGCGCUCCCUCUUCGAGCGGGCCCUACAGCAAGAGGUCACCAAGACGUCCAACGUGCUCUGGACUCUCUACCUCUCCUUUGAGGUCCGAACAUCUACCAAGGCACUAGCGGAUCUGCAGCGCGAGAGGCAGCAUACGCGGAAUCUGCGAUACCGUGAUGGUCACCUCAAUCGUGCCGAUGCCAAGGCCAAGGCGCGAGUUGUAAGCCUGCGUACUCAGCAGAAGCUCUUUACGAGGGCCAAAGCAGUCUUUUACCGGGCGGUAGCGGCUUGUCCCUUUGACCGAGACAUCUAUCUGCAGGCAUACGAGUAUCCUUUCCGCCUUGCCUUUUCCGCAGAGGAACUGAGACAACUCCACUCUGUCAUGGACGAUGAGAGGGAGCUGAGAGUCUUUGGUAGCAUCGAGGGGCUGCUGCAGAUGGAGGAGGCUCAGCGCGGUGCCAAGGAAGUGGGAGCGGGAGAGAUUGAUGCUGAUACUGAGACUGAUGACGAGGAUCAGGGGUCGGACGUGGAUCAGGCGCAUGGAUGA